AGCUUAUGGCCCCCACCCGUUUGCCCCCGGUUUCCUCUAGCGCUGUCUCACUAAGCAACUCUGCGCCACAGUGCCGCGCACUAAACGAGGCAGCUCAGACCACUUCUCGUUUUACAUUCUGUGUCUCCCUCCCUAACCCCUCCCCCAUCAGCAGCAGGAACCGGAAGCACAGCCUGGUGCCUCAGGAGUUGGGAAGUGCGGCAGGGAGAGCCCAGGCAGCCAGGGCAGUGAGCAGGUCUAUGGACUCAAGGAGCAAUGAAGUACUUCAGGCUACUUUCCAGAGCUAGGCUUUGGCAGUGGCAUAGGUGUGUUUUUUCUACUACUUCCAGUUCUAAAGAAACGUUAAAGAGAAAAGAGGAAUUCACUUCAAAGUUAGCAACUGGGCCGCAAUUAAAAGACUUUUUAGUCAACAACAAGCCUGCUGAAACAGUAUCCUCAACUGAUGAUGAGGACCCGCCUCCUUAUAUUAUACCUUCAUAUUCACCAUCACGGAAUAACAAAAUAUAUUUGGAGACCUAUGGCUGCCAGAUGAAUGUUAAUGAUACAGAGAUAGCCUGGUCCAUUUUGCAACAGAAUGGUUAUGUCCGAACUUACACAGAGGCAGAGGCUGAUGUGAUUCUCUUGGUUACUUGCUCAGUCAGGGAAAAGGCUGAACAGACAAUAUGGAACAGACUACAGCAGCUUGCCGCACUAAAGCGAAAACGAAGCAAAACCAGCAGGAUGAGGAUAGGAUUAUUAGGCUGCAUGGCUGAAAGGCUGAAACAGGAGAUUCUGGAUAAAGAAAAUCUUGUGGAUUUAGUUGCUGGUCCAGAUGCCUACCGAGAUCUCCCGCGACUACUUUCAGUAGCAGAAACUGGACAGCAGGUGGCUAAUGUGCUUCUUUCUGUAGAUGAGACCUAUGCAGACAUCUUGCCAGUGCAUACAUCAGCCAGCAGCAAAUCUGCCUUUGUCUCUAUCAUGCGGGGCUGCGACAACAUGUGCACUUAUUGUAUCGUUCCAUUCACUCGUGGGCGUGAGAGAAGUCGCCCCUUGCAAUCCAUCUUAGAAGAAGUCCGAAUGCUUUCUAGUCAGGGUGUAAAGGAAGUCACUUUACUUGGUCAAAAUGUCAACAGUUAUCGUGACACUUCCUCAGCCCAGUUCCCUAAUGCUGAGAGCCCACCCCUCAGCCGUGGCUUUAGCACAAUAUACAAGCAUAAAAAAGGUGGCCUGAGGUUUGUUGAUCUCUUGGAUAAAGUCUCUCAGAUUGACCCUGAAAUGAGGAUUCGCUUUACUUCUCCCCAUCCUAAAGAUUUUCCAGAUGAGGUUCUCCAACUAAUAGCUGAACGUCACAACAUUUGCAAACAAAUCCACAUCCCAGCACAGAGUGGAAGUAAUAAAGUUCUGGAGACCAUGAGAAGAGGAUACAGCAGAGAAGUUUAUCUGGAUCUGAUUCAGAACAUUCAGGAAUCCAUUCCAGGUGUGAGUCUCAGCAGUGAUUUCAUUACUGGUUUCUGCGAGGAGACAGAGGAGGAUCACCUGCAGACAUUGUCACUCUUACGGACAGUCUCCUAUAAUGCUGCAUUUCUGUUCGCCUACAGCAUGAGAAAGAAAACAAGGGCAUAUCACAGGCUGCAGGAUGAUGUUCCCCAAGAGGUAAAACAACGAAGGUUAGCGGAGCUCAUUGCUGUUUUCAGAGAGGAAGCUGGAAGAGUGAACCAGAGAGCUGUGGGUAGUACCCAGCUGGUGCUAGUAGAGGGGCCCAGUAAACGCUCUCCGGAAGAACUGUGUGGCAGAAAUGAUGGAAAUACUAAGGUGAUAUUCUCUGAAGCACCAAAAGUGGGUGGCUUAGCCCAAGAGAACAGCCUGCAGAAUAGAAUCCAGUCUGGAGAUUAUGUCUUGGUGAAGAUAACAUCUUCCAGCUCCCAGAGUUUAAAAGGAACUUUGCUUGGCCUGACCACUCUUCAGAAAUCUCCCGCGUACAGCUGAUUGCUGAAGAAGUACAAUGGAAUCUGAUUGCUGCGCUCUUAAAUAAGCAAAACAAAGACUUUUUUGUAUUUAUUUAUUUUAUAGUCUGUCAGAAAUGCAGAUAUAUUUAAUACCAGAGCAAGGUGCCAGAUUCUGUAUUUUUUUUCUGUAUUCUUAAUGCCUAAUGUCUAAAAUAAAUGUAUUUUUACGUAGA